GUUGUCACAGGCUCGGUUCCGAGGGAUGCGGCAGCAGCAGCUGCUCUUGGGGCCACAGCUACCGAGACCGAGACCAGGAGGAUGGAGACCAGCCCCAUCCCGGUUGUGACGGUCCAAACCACCCCCUUUGACGACCAGAGACCCGGUACCAAUGGACUGCGGAGGAAGACGGCGGUGUUCGAGGGGAAGAAGAACUACCUGCAGAACUACAUCCAGAGCGUCUUGUCGUCCAUGGAUCUUCGGGACCGGCAGGGGUGCACCAUGGUGGUGGGCAGCGAUGGACGCUACUUGAGCCGGGGGGCCAUCGAGGUCAUAGUGCAGAUGGCGGCCGCUAACGGGAUCGGUCGUCUGGUUAUUGGUCACAAUGGCCUGCUGUCCACCCCGGCUGUCUCCUGCAUCAUCAGGAAGAUCAAGGCCAUCGGAGGAAUCAUCCUCACAGCCAGCCACAAUCCAGGAGGCCCCGGAGGAGACUUUGGCGUGAAGUUUAACGUGGCGAACGGAGGCCCGUCUCCAGACACGGUGAUGGAGAGGAUCUACCAAGUGAGCCGCAAACUGGAAGAGUACGCCAUCUGCCCUGACCUUCGCAUUGACCUCUCCAGACUGGGACGACAGGACUUUGACCUUGAGAACAAGUUUAAACCGUUUAGAGUGGAGAUUGUGGACUCGGUGGAUGUUUACCUUCAAAUGCUGCGAAACAUCUUUGACUUCAGCGCCAUCAAAAGUCUCUUAACGGGACAGGCCCAGCUGAAGAUACGCAUAGACGCAAUGAAUGGAGUGAUGGGCCCUUAUGUCCGUAGGAUCCUGUGCGAUGAGCUGGGGGCCCCGGCUAACUCUGCUGUCAACUGCGUCCCUUUGGAGGACUUCGGGGGACGGCCUGCCGAGCCCAACCUGAUAUACGCCUCUUCGCUGGUGGAAGCCAUGAAAGGAGGCGACUUUGGCUUUGGAGCCGCGUUGGAUGCAGACGGGGACCGUUACAUGAUCCUGGGAGAGAACGCUUUCUUCGUCAACCCGUCGGACUCUGUCGCCAUCAUGGCCGCCAAUCUCUCGUCCGUCCCUUACUUCCAACAGCUCGGCGUCAAGGGCUUCGCCAGGAGUGUGGCCACCAGCACGGCACUCGAUAGGGUAGCCAAAGCCAUGAAACUGUCGCUGUAUGAGACUCCUACUGGUUGGAGGUACUUUGGCAAUCUGAUGGACUCCGGACGUUGUUCCAUCUGCGGCGAGGAGAGUUUCGGGACAGGUUCAGACCACAUCCGUGAAAAAGACGGCCUGUGGUCAGUGCUGAUGUGGCUGUCCAUCAUGGCGACCAGGAAACAGGGCGUGGAGCAGAUUGUCAAAGAACACUGGGCCAAGUUUGGACGUAACUACUUCUGCAGGUUUGACUACGAAGGCCUCGACCCUCGCGCUUCCUUUUAUCUGAUGAGGGAUCUGGAGUCGGUCAUCUUGGACAAAGCGUUCAUCAGCCAGAAGUUCGCUGUCGGAGAUCACGUGUACAGCGUGGACAGGACCGACAACUUUGAGUACAUCGACCCUGUGGACGGAACGGUGGCGAGACACCAGGGUUUGAGAAUCGUCUUUAAUGAUGCGUCUCGACUGGUGUUCAGGAUGAGCGGAAGCGGCGGUGGGAUGGGCGCCACCAUCCGCAUCUAUGCAGAGAGCUUUGAGAGAGACCCUGAGAGACACAACAGAGAGACACAGGUGGUGCUGGGUCCUCUCAUCGCCAUCGCACUCAAGAUCUCCAACAUUCACGAGAGGACGGGAAGCAGUGGCCCUAACGUUAUCACAUGAGUAGAAAACACUUUUUUGCAUCUCCCUGCUUUCCAUGUGUCCUCUGCAGCUUCAUUCCGUGCACGCCCACUGAGGCGCUUACUUUCAACUCUUUGGAGUAAAAAUAACAAAAAAGACUAAUUAGUGACCACUAUCUCGUGUGUCACUUAUAACCAUCAACAGGGAGCUAUUUAAUUAUGGAUGCAUCAUGACAAAUAGCAUAUUCAUCAAUGUGCAUGGGCCUUCUAUUUCAUCUUUUAUUGAGUUUAUUGGGGAAAUAUUAACAAACCUUCAUGCUAAAGCGUCUGUUUCCACACUUUUCCCAUGUUGUUUGUAUGCCCCACUAUAUGAAACACUAUAGUAUCAAAUCAGGCAAUGCAUCACUAAUAAAUCCUUGCCAAAUCA